AUGAUCUUAAAUCAAUGUGAUAUCAAUAUCAAAAUGAAUCCCUUAAAAUCCUCAUUAAUCAAUAAUUUUCAUCGUAAAAAUUGUGAUAAAUCAGAAUGUAUUUGCUCUAAUAAGUUAUACAUUUUAGAAAUUUCAUAGGCUAAUGCAAUUACUUAAGCAAUUCUAAAAUAAUUUCUGAGAUCCAGAAUAAAUUACAUAAUAGAUACUAAAAAUUAAUAAAAGAAUGCUUAAAUAAAUGAAUUAUUAUUUAUACAAACUUUAUUUUAUUUUGAUUUUGGAUGGUUGACAGAUUGUAUUAAAAAUCUAACUCAAUUUUUGAGUUGUUUUGAAAAUAAUUAAAAUAUAAUGAUUAAAAAUACUGUUUAAUAGACUAAAAAUUUAGAGGAUCCAUAAAAUGAAUCAUUUACAAAAAAGGAUAGAUCUAAUUAAUAAUUUCCUUAAUUUAUUUAUGUUAAGAUAUAGUUAGAUAUGACUUAAUAUUGUAGAUUAAAUUAUAUUUUACACUUAGCUAAAUUUAAAUUAAAAUCAUUUUUGGGAACAUCAAUGUAUGCAUUUUAAUAAUUAAUGGUUUCUGAUUUUAUAAUAUCUUUUUUGAAUUAUGAUAAAUGUUUAAGAGAAAUACAAACUUAAACUUUAAAUAUGAUACAUGAGAAAAUUAACUUUUAUCAUUCAAUUAUGAAAGAUGAGAAACAUAACCUCAAUCAUUUAGCAGUUGAGACUACAAAAAUUUGUAUCAAUUUAAGUAAAAUGAAAUAGAGACUUAAAUAGAUUUAUGAUUAAUAUCCUUGUAAAAGUAUGUAGAGAUGUUUAUGUUUUUUUCAAAGUGAAUUAUUGAAUAAUUAUUAUGAAGCCAAUAAAACAUCAUCAAUUACAUCCAUGACAGAUGAUAAAAUUUUUAGAAAUAAAAAAAUAAGAAAUUAUGAAAUAUAAGUAGAAUAGACAGCAUUUAUAAUUUUAUCAAUUAAAGGAGAUUUAGAUGAUUUCAAUAUUGAAUAAGGUUCAUCUUUUCUUUUGUAAUUAAUAGGUUAUGAUACCUAUAAAGAUCUUUAAUUCUAUUAAUUAUUACCUACUUUUAUGAGACAUUUUCAUCCAAUAAUAAUAAAUAAUUUUUUUAUAAAUGGUUAAUCUCGAUUUUAUAAAAGUUUUAAUUAAAGUUUUAUAUAAACUAAAACUGGACUAUUGAAAACAGUAUUUUUAACAUAUGAUAUCACUAAAAUAAUAUUAAAUUAAAAUUUAGUAUUUGCUGCAUUUUUACAAGAGUUACCAGAUUAAAAAUGUUUUAUGUUAUCAUAUGGUAGUAAAAGAAAAUUAAUUUUUUCUGAAAACUUCUUUUAAAAAAUUGGAUUUGAUUAAAAAAUUAUAUUGAAUUUACCUUCAAUUGUAAUCAAUUCUCUUAAUUUACAAUAUCUAAUUCCAAAUUUUCCAUUAGAUCAUUCAGAAACAGAAACUUCUUAGAUUAAUACUGAAAUGAGAUUUUUAAUUGAUAAAAGAUUGAAAGAACUAUAAAUAAAAGGAGUUGAUUUAAGUGAAUAUAUAUUGGAUCUAUAAUAAUGGGAAAAUGAAGAUUAAGUAUGUUUAUAUAACAUAUCUGUAAUGAUUACUAAACGAUUUAUUGAACAAUAAUCUUAUCUAUUAAUUGAAUUUUCAUCAAUAACAAGAAUGACAAAAUUUUCAUAAGAUGUCUCUAAAUUUUAGACUAUUCAAAAUAUUGAUAUGAAUUCUCCAUUUAGAUCUCCUAUUAUCUAAUAAAGGAAAAAUUCUGUUAGCAUAGGUUCAUUAAUGAAUUUAAGCAUAGAAGCAUAAGCAAAGAAAGUAAAAGUAAUGGAUAUAAGAAAGAAGGAUAUUUAAAUGAAUGAUUUAUCAGAAGAUGAAGUAGCUUGUAAUAUUGCAUCAUUUAGAAAAGAUGAAUAAUAAAAUCAUGCUCCAUAUUAAAGUUAAAGAUAAUUAUUGUCUGAAAGAAAAAAUGAUACUUAAUAAGAAUUUUUCAAUAUUGAUUUAUUGAAAAUGGAUUCAAAUAUUAAAUCAUCUUUAGAAAUUCAAAAAUCAUAGAUUAGUAAAAAGAAGAUAGAUUAAAAUGAUGAUAUUUAAUCUUAAUAAUCUUCAAUUGGAGGAGUGAGAGAAUCUUAAUUGUUUAAGAAAUUUGAAAUGAUUGAGAAAAUUAUUAAAAAUAAAAAGUUUAAUACUAUGAUCAUAUAUAUAGUUUUAUUGAUUCUAUUAACUAUGUUUUGGAUAUCAUAUACAAUAGUGGUUGUGACUGCUAUGUCAUCUCAAUUAUUAUAAUUUAUUUAAGAAAUAGAUAUGAUAUCUUUACAUGCUAGUAUAAUGGGACCACAUGAUAUGUAUUUAUCAAUAAAAGUAACAGUAUCAGCUUAUCAACAAUAAUAUAGAGAAAAGUUUAUAGAUUAAACUACUUUAUUAAAAUUGAUUGAUCCAUUAUUUUAAUUCAAUGCUCCUUAUUAUUUUGAUUUGUAAAAUAGUUUUUUUAAUAUUUUAAAGAAUGAUCAUUUAACUGAAUUUUUUAUUGAUAAGUAUGAAACUGUAUAUUUUAUGGGUAAUAAUGAUACAGUAAUUUAUAGCCGAAAUUUGUCAUUUAGAGAGGAACUAUUAGCAAUAAUUAAUGCAUAAUAUUAAUUUAAAAGAAUUUUUGAUGAACGUAAGAAUGCAGCAGGAUAACCAUGUUAAGUAUUUUAAUUUGCAAAUUAUUUAAAUUUAUAAGAUUAAUUAGAAUAAUUAACAGAUGAAAUUUUAGUAUAUUCUAAAACUAGAAGUAUAUCUUCAAAUGAUUAAUGGUUAAUUUUAUGGAUUAUAUAUUAAAUUACAUCUUUUUUAUUAAUAAUUGCAUUAGUUAUUGUACGUAAAAGGAUGUUAAAAACUUAUGAAUAAUUAUUAAGUCUAUUUUAUUAUUCAGAUAGAAAUUCAUUAGAAUAAGAGAUUUUAAAACUUAAACAUUUACAUUAAUUGAUUACUACUUAAAAUUAAGAAAUUAUUUAAAAAUAUGAAUUUGAUUUUAAAUAAAGAGAAGAUUUAGUUAAAUAAAAGAAAAACAAGGUUCAUUAAUAAAAGAUUGAGAAACAUAAUUUAAGAAAAAAUAAUUAAUUACCUUAAUUUUUAACAUUUUUAAGAAUAUUUAUUAUGUAUGCUUAUUUUUUGAUUUACUCUGUUGUAAUUUAUGAUUAAACAAAAAAUUAUCUUGUUAAAUAUAGAUAAACAACUGAUUUUUAUAGAUUAGUUUAGGAUAUGAGAUUUAGAAGUGGUACAAUAUAUGUUUAUAGAGAAAUCUUUUUUAGAUGGUCUAAUUUUAGUUAUUUAACAACAAAUGAUUUAGAUCGUUUAUAUUAAUUAGUUGAAAAAUCAUAAAAUAUAAUACAAUAAUACUUAAAUGAUUAGAGUGAUCUAUAAAAUGAUAAUUAUUUACUUUCAGAUAAUUAUAUCAAUUUUAUUACACAAGUUGAAAAUUCCAAUUUGUGCAAUUUUAUUGAUCCUGUAUUUAUUUAUUAUUAUUAAUUUUAGUAAUACAUUAAUCUAACAAUUUAUUGUUCAAUUUCUUUAGAUGGAGUAUUACUUAAAGGUAUGAUUCCAAGUUUAAAUUAUAUAUCUACUGCUAUUAGGAGUUAGUAAGCUAUCAAUAAUUUUACAAAAAGAAUGGAAGUACAUUUUUAUGAAUUGGAAGGUGCUUAAAUAAUAUGUUAAGUAUUUUCUAAUGUAUCAUAAAAAUUAUAAUAAGGAAUGAUCGAUUUGACUCAUAAAUUUAAUUACACUAAUGAAGUAUAAAUAACUAUAUAUAUAUAUAUAUAGAUUCUAUCUUAUAUAUUCCUUGUAACCUAAUUGUCCAUAUCAAUUGUUAUACUAACCUGUUUUAAGAAUUCUUUGAUAAAUGAAUUCACUAUGUAUAAGAAAUCUCUGUAUCUCAUACCUAUUCAAGUAUUACUAGGGGAUAAUUCUUUGGAAAGAGCAUUAAGAUAAUAUGAAUUCACUGAAAAGAUUUGA